CAGACCAUCCCAUACACACCAUUAGCCGAGCCCUGUACCAGCCUGCUCUCAACCCUGCCACAACACACACCUAACACCCGAACCUUGACAGAGGUGAAAGAGGGGAAGCACGGCAGUCAGUGUCCUGCCUCUACGAAAUGUUGUCAAUGUACGCUCAAGAGGUCUGACGUAGAGGGCCAUGCCCCCGUGGUUAAAUAGGGCAGCCAAACAUGAGCGCCACCUUAGGAUCACACCUCAGAUUACCAGGCUGCGGCUCCAAAGGAUGCAGUUUCGUCUAGGAAAUGUUUGUAUUCCUUCCUCCUUCUGCCUGUCACAUCCUCAAACUCACCCAUAAAACUAUUAGCUAACAGCGUAGACAGCUCCUAACAUUGCAACCCACAGAGUUGUCGCUCAAUCCCGACCCUUCUUUACUGAUCGCACUGAAGGAUUCACUUCCUUCGUAGCCCCACAGUCAACAGAUGCAACUAUUUCAGACAAAUCCAUGAGAAUGAAAGACGCCUUUUGUUGUUGUUAGUGAUUUUCUUGGUGACCGUCGCCGAGUCCCAGGAGAGCCUGUUCCAGAGGAGGAUUUCUUUCCUGUCACCUUUCCCCUGCACAAGCAGCUGAGGAUCAGAGUCCCCUUCCAGGUACAAGACACAUCCACCUAGCUGCAUCUACUGAGACGCCCAGCAGCUUCAGAGACUCCUGGGAGGUGGGACCACUUGAGGCCAAGGACCGCAGAAGAAGGCGAGGAACCCAGCCAGAGGGACUGCGAGACUCUACCUAGCAGUCCGCCAGCCCUCCAGGGCAAAUACAGUCCUGCCCUUCUACAGGGCAGAGCAAGAGCAGAGGGAGGACUUCACCUACCUGGGGGAAGCUGCCCUCUCAGUCAUCCUACAGCACCUCCAAAGCACGGACCAGACUGUGAAUGAGGGGCUCACUUUCCUCCGUGCUGUCCCCACGCUGUGCCUGGCUACAAUGGAGAGGGGCGAGGACACCCUGGAGCCGCCCUGCUGCAAAGCGGCACUUGUGGAGAGGAUUGUGGUGCUGAUUGACAAGCUGUCCCAGUGUGAAGAAGAGCCCAGCACCAUCCUUCCCUACAGCAUGGCUGCUGUUUGCAUCCUCAGCAAACUGAAGCCAGCCCUGGAGCCAGCCCUGGAAUCGCGCCUCCUCUACACCGCCCUCCACAAGACCUUCCUGAUGGCCACAGGGCACAACAGCCAGCACAUCCAGGGCAUGCAGCGGAUCAGCGUGGAGUACCUGGAGGCCAUGCUGAGGUGCCUGCUGGCAACUGCACCCAGCCUGGCCAGGCUGCAGUUCAUCGGGCAGCACUUGACCUUGUGGCUCCAGUUGGAAGAUAAGAGGGACAGAGGCACGGCCAUCAAGAUCACCACCACCCUGCUCUGCUUUGCAGUUUCCCUCCUCCCACAGUUUGAGGACUCGCCCAAGGUGCCCCAGGUGGGUGACCUGGUGGUCCUGCUGGGUCUGUGCAUCAGCGACCCAGUGGAGGAGAUCAGCCGCCAGGCCAAGGAGGGCCUCUCCCACCUUUACAAGAUCUUGCUGCAUCAGAAGGCUAUGGAAACCUUGAGUCCAGCUGUGGGAAUCACCUAAGAAAAUCAGCCUGUCCAGGGUCUGCAAGCUGGGAAGGGCACCUAAACAAGCAGGAACCAGAGACUGGGUAUGAGAAAAUAAUCAAUCCUGAAGUACGAUAAGUGAACUGGUGAGAAACAGGUGUAGCCUCUCACCUCUGGGUUGGUGAAGCCUCCAGAUAUCUACCAAUCCUAGGUCUUUUUAAUAAAUAAGAGGGCUUGUUUUCAGUUUUCUGAUAGACUCUAUUAACAGUAACUGAGUUUUCAAGCACCGUAUCCAAUACACAGUUUCAAUCACCACCCAAAAGAUUGGACUUUGUUGCUGACAUAUUGGUACUGUAUGACAAAAAGAUAGCAUCUCCACUACUCUUACCUCCCCUCAGAGUCGCCCCAUUUGUUAAUGAAUGUGAAAGCAAUCUGUUUGUGAAUGAAUAUAGCUGUACCUCUGCUUCAAGAAUUGCGUGAAGAGUGGGAUACAGCUUUUCAAAGCAUUUCUUGUAAGAAAAGCAAUCCGACUGUCCAGAGAUGGUAACGGUCUGAGCACUUUCGUCCCUUCGGUGGGCUUUCAAUGCUCUCCCAUUGCAUGACAUGAUAGUCAUUGUCAUUAGUUAUCCCCUUUGUACAUUGAAUGAAGUUGCCAAGCUCCUGGGGACAAAGAGGGAGAAGACAUAAGAAAGACAAGACGUAACGAAGAACCCCCAGAGCAAUAUCUCACUGCUUGGUCACAUCCAGGUCCCUGAUGGCUUCAACUAACACGACCACACUCACCGCUCCACACACUAAAUAGUUACAACAGAUUGUUAUUGCACCAUCGACCAUGUGUUAAUAUUACUAAUUUCACUAAGAUAUGAAAAUCCACUAACCAAAGCAGUAAAGGAAGUGGUAAUAAUGUCAUGUCAUGUAAUGUCAUAUACUUCCCUCAAUGCCUGUGCUGAAAUGUCUAGACGUAAAAACAAUGUUACUAUAUAGCCAACCUCUUGAGCACCUCAGCCUUCAGGAAACAACAAUCUAUCUACUAACUGCUAAAAGAUUUAAAGUGGCCUUCAGUAUACGUAUAACUGACUAA